GAGGAAGAAAUGACCGGGUGUAAACAUGGCGUCUGCCUUGGAGGAUGAUGAUAUCAGCACUGAUGAUUACUAUUCCCUUCUUAAUGUCAGGAGAGAGGCCACAAAUGAUGAGCUGAAGGCGGCGUACAGGCGACUGUGCAUGCUGUACCAUCCAGACAAACACCGGGAUCCAGAACUUAAGACACAAGCAGAGCAGCUUUUCAAUCUUGUGCACGAAGCUUAUGAAGUGCUGAGUGAUCCACAGGCUCGAGCCAUCUAUGAUAUCUAUGGCAAGCGAGGACUUGACGUUGAUGGAUGGGAGGUGGUGGAGAGGAAGAGAACCCCUGCUGAGAUCCGAGAGGAGUACGAGCGUCUCCAGGCCGAGCGAGAGGAGAGAAGGCUUCAGCAGAGGACCAACCCAAAGGGGACAAUCAGUGUGGGAAUUGAUGCCACGGACCUGUUUGACCGAUAUGACGAAGACUACGAGGAUGUGGCCGGAGGCGGAGUUCCACAUGUGGAAAUCAACAGGAUGCACAUAUCACAGUCCAUCGAGGCUCCUCUUACCACAAAAGACACGGCCAUUUUGUCUGGCUCCCUGUCAACACACAAUGGAAAUGGAGGUGGCACCAUUAACUUGGCCUUGAGAAGAGUCACCUCGGCGAAGGGGUGGGGCGAGAUAGAACUUGGAGCUGGAGACACUCACGGGCCUCUCUUCGGAAUGAAGAUAUUCCGCAACCUGACAUCACGAAGCUUCGUGACUGCUCAGUGUGGGCUGCAGUUUUCUUCCCGGGGCGUGCGUCCCGGCGUGACCACGGUCCUGGCUCGACACCUGGACAAGAACACUAUGGGCUACCUGCAGUGGCGCUGGGGGAUCCAGUCUUCCAUGAACACCAGCAUCGUGAGGGACACCAAGAGCAGCCACUUCACCUUCGCAGUGCAGCUUGGCAUUCCUCACACUUUUAUGAUGAUGAGCUACCAGUACAAGUUCCAGGACGACGAUCAGACAAAGAUCAAGGGCUCAGUAAAAUCAGGUUUCUUUGGGACUGUGGUAGAGUACGGUGCUGAGAGGAAGAUCAGUCGACACAGUGUCCUGGGGGCCACCGUCAGCGUGGGAGUGCCCCAAGGUGUCUCCCUGAAGAUCAAACUAAACAGAGCCAGCCAGACGUAUUUCUUCCCGAUACACCUGACGGACGAACUCCUGCCCAGUGCUGUAUUUUACGCCACAGUCGGACCACUGGUUUUCUACCUCGCCAUCCAGCAGCUUAUUAUCCGGCCGUACGUGCGGGCCCAGAAGGAACAAGACUUGGAGAAGCAGAGGGAGAGCUCGGCCUCUAAUAUAGCCCGGAAGAAACAGGAGGCAGAGUCUGCCGUCUUGCUCAUGCAGGAGUCUGUGCGCAGGAUUAUCGAAGCUGAGGAGUCCCGUAUGGGGCUCAUCAUCCUCAACGCCUGGUACGGCAAGUUCGUGACAGACAACAGCAGAAGGCACGAGAGGGCAAAGGUCAUCGACGUCACUGUGCCUCUGCAGUGUCUGGUGAAGGACUCGAAACUCAUCCUCACUGAGGCCACCAAGUCGGGGCUCCCUGGCUUUUACGACCCCUGCGUGGGGGAGGAGAAGAGCCUGAAGGUGCUGUAUCAGUUCCGUGGAGUCAUGCAUCAAGUCCUGUCAGGAGACGCCGAACCGCUCAGGAUACCAAAGCAAUCUCACAGGAUCGACGCAGACACAUAGAAGCUCAUCUGCUGACCGGUUUAAAAAGAAAAAGGGACUCGUCUCUCGACUGUUCGACAGAAGAUGGAUAAACUUCCAUUUUAGACUCGACAUGGAUUUCAGUCCUUGUUACUCA